GUUAUUUGUGGCGGCUAAUAGGCUCACUUCCUGGCGUGACGACGUUAUAAUGACCAUUCUUAACAUUUUCAUCGAAAAUUUUCGACAGUUAAAUUGGCCCGAUGCCUCCCUUGUCGCAUGAACCUCAGGUUUUGAAGUUCUUACAGGUCGUUGUGACGUUGCUGACAGCCAUUCAUGUUCGAGAAGUUUUCGCCAAUGAUGUGCUUUACAGCGACUGGCUGCAGACAUUUCCGAAACCUGACUUUAGAACUAAUUUCACGUUAAGAUCAAAUCAAGGCACCCGUUCGUUUAAGGAAGUUCGUCAUGGGCUGAAUGUGGAUCCAUUUUAUGUUCGUGUUUAUGCGAAGCCUCUGCAAGGAAACAACAGUGGGUUUUCUUUCAACGGCAUCGGUUCUAGCCAGUCUUCACCCUCAAAAAGUUCUUACGGUGGCCUAAUUUUUGCUUAUAAUUCGGAGGUUGUUCGAAUUUGGGCUCCUACGAGUGCGAAUGGCCAUAUUGUAUUCGUGAAAGACGGCUGGGGAGGCGAAGAAAAUACUCAAGAAUCCGACGAGGCAGAAGUUAUUGUUGAGGUAUGGAAGGAUGGCUCGGCGCCAGCUUUUCAAAUCGAACUUGUUAUCAACACCCACGUUCCAAACCAAACCUACUAUAGAGUUGAUCAUGAGUUAAGAAAAUUACCAGAGAGAGUUAUAGUCAGGAUUUCCGCUGCUGAAAGCUCUGACAAUGCAGGUUUUUGGUUUCAUGGAGUGGGAGCUUCGCAAAAUCCAAAUCCUACCAGUAACUUUGGUGGGGUGAUAUUCGCAUAUAAUGAAAAAUAUGUGCGUUUGUGGGCCCCAGAUGGUGUUAACAAUAACACUGGCUGCAUUUUUGUGGGUAAGGAGUGGGGUGGUGGAGUUAACUCUGAGAAGGCCUCAAAAUGUAAAGUAGAGGUACGACUCUGGGUUAACCAACUUCCAACACCUACUUUCCAGAAAGAUUGGUUUACUUUUCCGGGGCAAAGAGAUCAAAACUCAUUCAAGGAAAUCGUCCAUGGUAAAAAUCAACUGCCGUCACUUGUUCUUGUUCAACUUAGAGCAAUCAAUGGAAGGAAUGUGGGCUAUGUCUUUGAAGCCCAAGGUGCAGUUCAGUCUGACGAUGAUGGGAACAAUGAGUACGGAGGUGUUGUGUUUGCCUAUGAUGAAAACAGAGUCCGUAUCUGGGCUCCAAGUAGAAAUGAUGGAUCGAAGAAAGGUUAUCCACUCCUGGUGAAAAGUGGUUGGGGAUAUGGCUCCAAUUUACAAGCAGGGCGUGAUAAGGUGCAUGUUAGAGUUUUGGUUUACUACAGUAUCUGCAACACAUCAACCGAGAUCCUUUACGAAGGCAAACAGUGCGUUAACAAAGUUCAUGACUCCUACAAGUUUGUGAUUUCACGGUGGUCUGAAUGCUCCAGUAUAUGCAACCACGGAACAAAGACAAGAUCUUUUACAGGUGAUUUGUAUGUUGUUUAAAUGUACAUGUAAUGGCUUGCAGGGAAAUGAAUCAAUUGAGUGGAACAUUAAUAUUAAAUUAUUCACAUCUUUCAGUAAGAUUCUUUUACAGUGGAAGGGUUAGAGGGCUUAUUUAUUACCAUGCACCACAAGCAAUUGAGGAUUGAGAUCUAAUUCACUGCUCGACUUGUCAAGUACCCAUUUUCUACAUACAGGGGUUUCAAUAAAAUUGAAGUAGCCAGCAGUUUGGAUAGAGUAACCAACUGUAUCAACAAGGGGCUGGUUGUCCCCCUUUCUUGAGGUGGGGGGAGGUCUAAGCAUGUUCCGCCCCAGAAAAUUUUGAAAUUUCAAAGCCCUAAAAAUGUGAUUUUCAGCGUUCCAGGGGCUAGAUUUGAGGACAAAAGAGCAUGUUUUUCAUUCGAGAAAAUGUAGCUUUCACCGUAUCAGUCACAAUCAAUUCCUAUGAGCAAUGAACAAAUGAUGAAAACUAAAUUACGUACUUUUGCACAGAAACAAUUCUGCUUGAACCUAUAAGAAACUUUUGAAAAAAUGACUGAAUUAUAACGUUCACAUGACUAGAGCAUAAUGUAAAACCAGUGGACCUUCAUAGUUCAAAUCAUAGUUACAUUUUCAUUCAGAUUUUAUGAUGUAUUUUUUGUUUAUAACAUUAUUCAAACUAGUUGCUUCUUCUUUCUGUAAAAAAGUAGCCGAACUCUAUGAGCAAAGUAGCCGGCGUGUUACGUUGGCCAUCGGUGCUUAUUGAAACCCCUGACCUACUAAUUUAUUUGCCCCUGUAAGUGUAUGUUAACAAAAGCCUGCGCAGGCUUAAAACAAUAUACGCUAAUUUGAAAAGGUUUUUUGAAUGAGGAGUUUUGUACAGAAUGAUUUGUACAUUCCAUAGCUCAAGCUGAAAAGCCCACUUAUCAUUUUUGUACUACAUUAUACUACAUUUACUCACUACUUGUAAGCAAAUUCAAAUGAUUUUAUUUUUCUUUUAAUUGAUUAUACAAAACAAAAGGUAAAAAAAUAAAUUUAAA